CCUGACCUGACCUGUCCCGUUGCAGACAUAGAUGAGUGCCGGGAGAAUGUCAGUGCCUGUGCCCCCCAUGGGAACUGUAUCAACACCCCCGGGGACCUCAUGUGCACAUGUAAAGCUGGCUUUGCGAAGAGAAAUAAGGGCGAGGCCAAGAUCUGCAUAGAUAUUGACGAAUGCAAGAGGCACCCUUGCGACCCCCGGGCCACCUGCAACAAUACACUGGGGAACUACAGCUGCUUCUGCCCCCCCGACUCUGUCCUCACCUCCGCCAGGGACCCCAGCGCUCCUGACAGGACUGUGUGCAAAAAUUUCUCCUGCUCCUCCCUGGAACAAAGCCUCUGACCCAAGGGCUGGGAUGCCCCCUGUGAGCACAAGGCCAAGGUGGAAAACAUAUGUGAUGCCCUGCGCAGCCGGCUGGAUGCCCAGAAGGCCAAAGAGAUCCUGAAGGACUUCCUGCUGCUGCUGGAGCAUAGCCUGGCCUCCCAGGCCCCCAUGGAGCAGAGGUACUGGCGUGUCACGACCCUGCUGGCAGUAGCUGAGGACCUGAUGCGGCUACUGGGCCCUGUCUUGGGCCCCAGCACCACCCUCAAUACCAGUGCCUCGGAACUGAGCCUGGUGCUGCAACCUGGGCCCUCUUCCAAUGUGAAGUCCCUGCACCUGGUGCAUGAGGCCGUGGGGCUGGAGCUGGACUGGGCAGUAGCUGCUGAUAAGGGCAAAGGGCCAGCGCUGGCCGGGCUGCUAUCGGUGCGGGGCCUGGGGAAGGUGCUGGAGGGUGCGGAAAUCCAGGCCAAGGAGUGGACUGAGAUCGAGAAACAAGUGUCAAAGUGGUCACAAGAGCCAGGUCAAGUGCAGUACCGGGUGGUGUCUGAGGUGGCCACUGCCGUCGUCACCCAUGAGCAGCCACAGGGGCUGCAGUCCCCCGCUAAGCUCAACUUCACCCACAACACCACGGAGAAGAAGCUGUUCUUCCAGCUGCUGUGUGCCUUCUGGGAGCCCCACAGAGCAGGUGGGCACUGGUCCACGCAGGGCUGCCACCUCCUCCAGCCCCCGGCCUCUGGCUCCCCCACUGAGUGCAUCUGCGACCACCUCACCAGCUUCGCUGUGCUCAUGGCUUUCUAUGAGCUCAAGGACUGGCGGCUGGAUGUGGUGUCACGCGUGGGGCUGGCUGUGUCCGUGCUGUGCCUGACGCUGGCUGUGCUCACCUUUCUGCUGUGCCGGUCCCUGCGUGGUCCCCGCACCACCAUCCACCUGCACCUCAGCCUUAGCCUGCUGGUGGCCCACAGCCUCUUCUUGCUGGGCAUUGAGAACACCCACAGCAAGGUGGGAUGUGCGGUGGUGGCAGGCCUGCUGCACUAUGCCUUCCUGGCUGCCUUCUGCUGGAUGUGCCUGGAGGGAGCUGAACUCUACGUGCUGGUUGUGCAUGUCUUCAAGCCUUCAUCCUUCAAGCGUGGCUACCUGCUGCUGGCUGGAUACGGGCCCCCCGCCCUCAUUGUGGCCAUCUCGGCUGCUGCCUUCCCCCAGGGCUAUGGCACUGAGCGCCACUGCUGGCUCUCCCUAGACCACGACUUCCUCUGGAGCUUCCUGGCCCCCGUCUGCCUCAUCAUCACCGUGAAUGCUGGGAUCUUUGUAGUGACCGUGUGGAAGCUGGCGCAGAAGUUCAAUGAGAUCAACCCUGACAUGAGCUGCCUCAAGAAGCUCCGGGUGCUAACAGUGACGGGGCUGGCGCAGCUGUGUGUGCUGGGCACGGGCUGGGUGCUGGGGCUUUUCCAGUUUGGGCCACACACUCUGGUGCUGUCCUACGCCUUCACCAUCUUCAACGCGCUGCAGGGAUUUGGCAUCUUCCUGCUGCACUGUCUGCUCAACAAGCAGGUGCGGGAUGAAUAUUGCCGCUGCUUUCAGGUCUGCCGCAGGGACAGCAAAUACUCUGAGUUCUCCACCACCAACAGCACCAGGGGGCUGCGGCAGGAGUCUGGGAUGUAGCCACUGCCUGGACGUCACCUCUGUUGGACACGCCGCUUUGCACAGGAUACCUCGGCUUGACCACAGCUCAUGGGGGCACCUGGCCUGGACUUCUCUUCCCCACAAAGGGCAGCAGAGACUGGGUCCUGCCCCAACCUGCGGGGGGUGCUCUUCCUUCCUCCCCUGUGGCCUACAGGGGGUGCUUGACUCGUCCAGAUCCCUCCUGGAUACGCUGCCAUGCCCCUAGCCCUGGACCCCUGGGGCAGGGCAGGGGGCCUCCUUGGGUGGUAGUGUGGUGAGCAUGUUUGUUAUUACCCUGAAAUAGAAUAGUUUUCUGAUAGCAUACUGUUAGGUUAACAAUAAUUACAAUAAAUUCCGAAUUAUUGUAAAGCUUGAAUUAUUGUUAACACAGGUUAACAAUAAUUAACGAGUCUGCACCACCUUUAGAACAACAGAGAUAAAAAGCGGCAAAAGCCACCUGUGAAAAAGAUGGAAUAUGGCGAUUGCCAGAUAAAAGGAUAGUGCUACCUAAAGCAGCCCUUAGACCCUAUCUACAACAGCUCCAUCAAAGCGAGCAUUUAGGUUGUGAAAAACUUGCCACUAUCACUAACAGGCUGUUCUACGCACCCGGAGUCUACCAGGAAGCAAAAAGGCUUUUAAAACACUACAAUAUAUGCAAAAAGUUUAAUAUCAAAGGAAAAAAAUCAAGACCCCCUGGAGCCCACCCCCGGGCUUAUACUCCCUUUAAAAGACUACAAAUAGAUUUUGCUGAGAUGCCUAAAAACAAUGGAUACAAAAACCUCCUAGUAAUUAUUGACCAACUCACGGGGUGGGUAAAAGCCUUCCCCAUCAGAAGAGCUACAGCACAACUAAUAGUAAAAAUACUCCUUAAUAAAAUUAUACCCAGGUUUGGUCCUCCAUGUAUCAUUGAAAGCGAUCAAGGAUCGCAUUUUACUGCUGACAUAAACAAAACACUGGCCGGCUGCCUAGGA